AAUAGAAGUAAUAAUUACGUAUAUUAAUAUAAAUUGCAAGUACUAAUCAAUAAAUUAUAUAUUUCGUGCGUUUUUCUGCUAGCGGGUUUUUCGCAAUCUGUUUUGAAAUAAAUUCACUGUGUUUGCACCGUCUGAUUCAUCUAGUUGCUUUAUCAAACUCUGAUAAAGCGUAAUGUAAUACGAUAAGUUAUAUAAAGCACAGUCUCAUCAUUUAGUGUAGUAGAUUGAAAUUGGUUCAUUCACUUCAUGAUAUCGUUCUUUCUUUCUAUUUACAUAAAUAGACAAUAACUUAAUAUAUAAGAUAAGUAAAUUAUAUCAAUCGACGUUUUUAUAAUACCGGAAGAAAAUAUGAGCCAGAAUAAAAAGUGUGCCACAUUAAGUGAAGUGAACAAUGAAUUCACGGAAGACGUGCUAAUAAAUAUUCUUUCUAAAGUAUGCAAUGGGAAAGAAGUGCAACUGACAGAUUGGAGUUUCAACGAGGGAUCUGCUAAAGGCGACAAUUAUUUGUCAAAUGUCUACAAGGGCAAAGUCUAUGGCACUAUCGACGGCAAUCCAAAGCAGUACGUGCAAGCGAAUGUUGUCGUGAAGUCAAUGCCAAAAAAUCCAGGAACGAGAAAGACUCUCAGAUGUGCAGACUUCUUCAGUAACGAAAUCGCUUUUUAUACACAGAUCGCCAACAGAUUUGAAAACUUUCUAGCAGAAAAAGGACAAAGUGAUCUAUUACGCAUACCACGUCAUAUAAUCUCCUCCGCAGAUGACGAAAACGGUUUUCUAGUCUUGGAAGAUGCCUCUUGUUUAGGAUUUCACGCUAUAUCGCGACAGAACUGCCUAGACUGGCCAGAAUGUUCAGCUGUGCUGGAGACGUUGUCUAAAUUUCACGCGAUCUCAUUCGCGUACAAAGAUCAAAGGAAGGAAGAGUUUGCAAAAAUGACAGAUUCUUUAACGGAAACUUUCUUCGGUCGUGAAAACUGGGAUUGGUACAAAGGGUAUCAUGAAAAGGUGCAAGUUGUAGUUAAACACGCGUUAGCUACCGAAUAUCCCGAUAGCAAAGCUGAGAAACAAUACAAUUCCUACGGACUCGGCGCUCUCUUCGACAAAUGCACAGAAUUGUGUAAGAGAAGAGACGCUCCCACAUCUGUCGUAGUCGAGGGUGACUGUUGGGCUCCGAACUUUCUAAUCCGCGACGUCGGGCAAAAUCAAAAGCAGACAAUAAUGCUCGACUUUCAGCUCGCACGUUGCGCGAGUCCCGUCACGGACUUAUCGUUCCUAAUUUAUGCUUGCACCUUGAAGUCAUUUCGCGAUCAAUAUUUCGACGAGAUGUUAAAAGUGUAUCACUCCGAGUUGAGCAAUGCUAUUAAAUCGCUCGGGUCUGAUCCAGAGAAACUUUACCCAUGGGAUUUAUUUAUGAAAGAGGUGAAAGAGCAGUUUGUGUUCGGUGUGUUUACUUCGCUCGAAGCUAUUCCACUGUGCCAGUUGAACGUAUCCGAAUCAUUCACCAUAGAUACCGCUGUUAAGGGCGACGAGGCAAUAGACAUAGGUGACGCGGUAGACCUUCCCUGCAAUGAAACAGCAAGCGGAAGACAAAGAUUAGCGGAUGUGAUAGUUCACGCCGUUGAAAAAGGAUACAUGUGAUGCGAAAAAGCUUUGCUACUUAUUAAGAUCCGCUGCAAAAUAUAAUUUAAACUAAGAAACGUAUUCGACAUGUCGAUAUAAUUUCUCCUGCGACACUUGUAACAGAAACAAUAUAUACAAUCCAAACAGAUGAAACAUUUUUAAUCCCGCCUUGUACCAGGGUGCCUCUUAAACAUCAAUUAUUCUUCUGAUAAAAAGUAUAUAAUUUUUUAAAAUA